AUGUCGGAAGAAACGUGCCCGUCAGUCCCGACGGGCCCUUCGAAACCUACUAUUAUUAAGUUUAACACCCAAAACGAUCGAAUGAACGAACCACCGCCCCAACCGAGGGUUCGGAAGGUGACGACAAUCAUCAAUACACUUGGAGUUAUCGUAAAGGAUAGUGCUACCGACUUCAUUGUGUGGGUUUUCACUGCCUGUGAGGAGAAAUGCUUUCCAAAAACCAACAAACACAUGUUUAUGAGUUUUCAAGUUGGAACCUGGAUUAUCGUCGGCAUUUAUCCAGACGGAACAGUAGCUUCUUUUUCUCCGUGGUCUUUACUUCUGAAUGCUUAUGAGACGAGAGUUUAUCAGGGUCAACUACAGAUGAAACGAUUGGUUUCCGAGCUUCAUCACGAAAAGACCGUUAGUUACAACGAAGUCGUAGAGCCAAGCCCUAUGUUGCUUGAGAGUGAAUCUCAACUCACAGCGGAAUUCUACUACAUUUCUGGAUUUGGACGUGUCUUGGUAGCGAGUACUUACAGACAACAACUUGAAGAACUCAAUGAUAAUUUGUCUAUUUGGGUUCAAUAUUGCGGUGGAGUGGUCAAAGACUGCUGUUGGAUAAUGUACUGUUUCGAUGGUAAAAAUCGAGCAAAUAGCGGAUUUACUGAUAAAGAGCUUCGAGAUAUAGCGGAAUUCAUUCAGGAUCGGCGAUUGAACACCGACGCCAUGACUUGCACAAACAAAUUCGUUGCUCGAAACAUGGGUCUGCUUACGGAGAUUAAUAGUAACAAAAACAUUAUGCAUUGCUGGUCGCCACACGUAAGCAUGGAAGCAGAUCACUGUGUGAAAAUUCCUCAACCACCGAGAAAUAGAGAGAUUGAUAGUCCUUUGCUCCAACCGGUUAUUGGUCAAUGGAUUCAGUUUGAUGUUCAAUCAAAAGACAUAGAUGAAUACAUUGAGAUGAGACCGGGAUUCCGGCUAAACAUUUCAGAGUAUCUUCCGAUUAACAGUCCAUGUGGUAUCGGCGUUGCUCAUGUAAAUCGAAUUGUUCGAGUUGCCAUAUCAUGUAUCCUUGUGAAAGGUACAGAUCAUCCGAAGCUUUACCACUUACCUUUGUUUGGAAUUGUAAUCGAUCAAAGAAUGGCGCUAGUAUCAGGAACUCAUAUGCAGUUGAUCAUUGAGAAAACAACACCAAAGAUUCGAAAAUCGAGUGGAAUUUGCUGGAAAGUUAUUGAUUCGGUUAUUGUGAAUGUCGCCGAUGCGACAGUGGAGAAGAUCAAGGAUAUGCUCAUCGAAAUUAUACCAAUCAGAGAUUCUAUGGAAUCUUGCCAUUUAGUUCCAAUAGAGAAGUCGCAUUCUUCGAUGCAGUCGAAACCUUUCCUGGUUCAACAGGUUAUACCAGUUGGCACAAGUUCAGUUAAUUCAGGAAUUACAAGUUUGAAAUAUCAACAACCACAGCAGCAUAUUCCAUAUCAUGACUCCAGACGUGAUUAUUAUAUUGGAAAUAGUAUUCAGUUGCCCUCGAAUUAUAAUCCUUCUCGUAACGGUCGCUAUUCGACGAAGGCAAGACAAUGGUCAUCAAUGUCUUAUACUGGAGAAACAAUGGAAGGAAACGCCCUCGUUGAAAAAGUAAAUCAAGGCUUAAAAUCGGGAAUAUUGUGGUUCUUCGAUCAUAGUAUGAGUGUCCACUUUCUCUAUGACGAUUUCAAAUUACAUGUUGGUGAUUAUGCACACGUGAAAGUGGAACAGAUCGCUGAUCCAUUGUCAGCCAUGGGAUUCAGGUGGAAAUGGAAAUCAGGCUCAAGAAAGACACCACCAUUUGCGUGUUUUGUCGAUAAAAAUCAAAUAUAUGUGGAGGAUCAGUUGGUUUAUUGCGGAUUGAACCGCCAGAACUGGCCUAUGUACAAGUCAUCGAACUUCCCUUGUAUAUUGGACGUCGACGGCUUUAUUGUUAAUCCAACGAUAGGAACUCAAUAUUCUGCAACAAUAUUCCGCAGGAGGAUUCAACCCGCGAACCUUGAAACAUCUCCGAGAUAUCAUUGGACUAUUUUCUCUCUUCGAAACACACAUCAGUUGUCAACUGAUCUUUUCAUCCCGCAAUCCAAUUAUCAACGAAGUUUUGGGUCCAGGCAAGCAAAAAAUUUGCCGGUGACAGAAUUUGUAAAAUCAUCAACGUCUUCUGAUCAUUCGACAUCUCCGCCUCUGAAAAGUCCAUCGCUCGCUUCUGACGAAUAA